UGGAGAAAAAUAGACCAUCGUCGAGGCCCCCGCGGGACGAUGGGAUGCGCAAAGGACUUCCCGAGCUCCCUUUCGGGCCGGUUCUACAAACUGCCCUAGAUCAUCAAGAAUCGAAAUUCAGACCGGUGUCCUCUAUCUAUUCCCGACCCUCGCCUCCACCUAUCUCAACUCAAUUUCCCCAAAAAACAUACCAAACAGUGUAUCCAGAUGACGAGGUCUCUCCUCCAUCUUCACCGGAGUAUGGCAGAAAUCGAACUCAAAUCAUUGACGAAGAAGUAUCUCCUAUUGAUGAUACUCCCGACGCUUCAAAGCUUGGUUUUGAUAUACCAAGCAGUAGGCAAGCUUCCAGUGCGAGGCCUCCCUCGAAACUAGGUACGAAUUCAAAACCACCCCCGAGUAGCAUUCCGCUGCUUCGAAGAGAGAAGCGGCGUAACCAAGCCGCAACCACCGCUGCGAAUCUGGUUCAACGCAAGGCAGUCGGAGAUGGCGCACGUGUAGGACAGACAGCCGACGUUCGAUGGGACCCUUACUCAGGGAAUGUUACCACAAGCAAUAAAGACAGGCCACAGUCAGUGGAGCCAGGAGAAUUUUCGCCGCCAGGAUCUCAAUUUAUUCACGAACCGACUGGCAUUGUUCUUGGAAACCAAUCCAUCAUCAGCGGUCCUCCAAAUCCUCAUACGACAAUUAGAGAUCGCGUUCGAAAAUUGAAACCCCAUAUUGCUCCUAUGGAGAAACCGGCAUGGAAAGGUGCAACUGGCCGGACGACAAUAGUCUCUCCAGUUGCGGAUCAGCCUGACAUGCCACCUAUCAGAAUUCCCCGGAAGAGUAGCAAACGUGUUACUUCGCCCAGUCCUCGAUUGAUGACCCCUGUCUCUGCCAUCCGAAGUGGUGGUGAUGAAACAGAUAUCGCAUCAGCGCGACAUGCCGAACCGUUCGCCAGGACCGUGCUCUCACCUAGUAGUGAACAAAGUCCUAGAAUCCCCGUCCCCGAACCCCUCACACCUGCAGAUAACAAUAUGAAAGCUCGUGUGGAUGCGUUUCCCCCAGCAGUGACCACGCAUCAAAGAAAAGAUUCGGCUGGGACUAUUGAACGCAAUUUCAGAGAAGCUUUACAAAAGUCAUUUAAUCCAGACCCUUCGGAACCUUACGUGCAGCCUCCAUCUCGAUUCAGUAUAACGACAUAUGCAACUUCAAUAGGAGACAAUUCGUCCCGCCCCUCCACCGAUAGCAACCGGCCACCAAUGCCACCAAUACCGACCUCAUCAGGAACCACCCAAGAUUCUCCUACCCCUAAGACACCAAUACUCAACCGCAAGCGUCCAAAAGUUGGCGAGAGUCCCAAAGUUACUACACGCAAAGCGGUCAAUCCGACUUCUCCUGUCUUGAUCAGCAUGACCAGCAGCAUAACCACCAAACGUGCAUCGGAUACUGCCAAGACGCUCCCACAGUCACCUGCCGAAACCGAAUCCCGCGAUCUCAUCUCGUCCCUGCAAGCGCAGCUCGACAACCUCGCGAACCGUCGGAAUAAUAUCACGAGAAGUAUCCGUCAGAUGACAGAGUUGAUGCCAAAAGAUCGCAUCGUGGAGACUACAGAAGUACGGCGGAAGCGGGACGAGGAGAAGCGAAAAGUGGAGCACCUCAGAGAGGAGGAAGCGGAUAUCAGGCAGCAGGAACAUGAGCUUGGUCUCAAGUUACAUCGAGCAUGGAAGAGGCAAGAUAAAGAUGCCGUGUACGAGCCGACGGGGCUGUGGGUAAGGAGGGUUACCGGGUGAGCUUGAGUGAUUCUCUCUCUUGCGUUUUUUUGGCGCUAUCCAUUGCAUAUAUGGCGUUUCGGGUCAAGUACUAGCGGGCUACAGUGUAGGCCAGACUUUGAAGACGAUGGUGACCGAGAUUUGGAUCCUCGAAACUUGGCCUUUUGGAAUGAAUAUGGGAUGGAGAUCCAUGAUGACAAUGACAAUGAUGAUGAUGAUGAUGAGUUAUGGAUAGUUACGUUAACACGCAAGGCACACUGGAUCUGUGUAUAAGUUCAUGAGUUACACGAUACGACGAUUGUUAGUUUAUGAGCGGAUCUCCUAGCAUAGACCGAUUCGAUGAAUUAAGAAAACCAAAAUCAUGGGA